GAUGCUUCUUUCUUCAUUGUGCAUGAUAUUUGUGACAAACCAACCAUGUUAACAGAUCCUUGGUUCCAAUCUUGGCACCCGCCUGGUGGUCUCGUUGCAGAUCAGCAUCCAUUUCAUGGUCCAGUUCACAUGAGUAAUUUCUCUGACUUCAACAAUUUUGGGGGAUACCAGUUCACGCAAACAACGCGAACUCAAGCAAGACCAGACACAUUGUUGCCAUAUCUCCUAUCACUUAGUGUAAUCAGACCAAGAUUAGAAACAAAGCCCAUCAGACAACAAGUACAUCCAAGACCGCGAUCAGAGUCUAAUAUAAGACAACGAUUGCCGCCUACCAGACACCAGUCGCAGACUUUCAGGAAAUCUUCAAUAUUGGAACAGAACAUACCACUAGAAAAAACAGGAGUUGAUGUACAUGGUGACAGAAUAUUUGUAUCGAUGCCAAAGUGGAAGACUGGAGUACCAGCAACACUAGCAGUGCUGCCGAGAGUGCCAAGGGAACUGUCUCCGAAGCUUGUACCUUAUCCAAAUUGGCAAUGGCAUCAAACUGGUAAGUAA